GAGCUGGGAGGUCCGGUCAUGGCCGGGAUGCGCAGGCUGGAGCUGGCGGAGGCCUUGCAGCUGGGGCCGGGCUGGCGGCACGCAUGCCACGCGCUGCUCUACGCGCCGGACCCGGGGCUGCUCUUCGGCCGCAUCCCGCUGCGCUACGCCGUGUUGAUGCAGAUGCGCUUUGACGGGCGCCUGGGCUUCCCCGGCGGCUUCGUGGACUUGCGGGACUGCAGCCUGGAGGACGGGCUGAACCGCGAGCUGGGCGAGGAACUGGGCGAGGCCGCGGCCGCCUUCCGGGUGGAGCGUGCCGAUUACCGCAGCUCGCACGCCGGGUCCCGGCCGCGCGUCGUGGCGCACUUCUACGCCAAGUGCCUGACCCUGGAGCAGCUGACUGCGGUGGAGAUGGGCGCGCCGCGCGCCCGGGACCACGGGCUGGAGGUGCUGGGCCUGGUACGGGUGCCCCUGUAUACCCUGCGGGAUGGUGUGGGAGGCCUGCCUGCCUUCCUGGAGAAUACCUUUAUUGGAAAUGCACGGGAACAGCUGCUGGAAGCCCUCCAGAACCUCGGACUGCUGGAACCUGGCUCUUUUGCACGCUUUAAGUUCUCAGCUCGUCCCUAGAGGCUGCUCUCCAUGAACCCGUGGAACCUGCCUGAGAUCAGGGCCUUUGUACUGGGGAGGGAGGGCGGAAGAAGGGAAUGUUUUCUCUUCUGGGCCUGGGCCUGCUAGAUGAUAACAGAUUAAAAGGAAAAGGUGUGUGGUGUGUUCUGAGCA